GAUUCGAAGCUCUAUCUUCUAAAGCGGACCGCAUAAGCACGCAUUAGCAGCGUUCGCAUUGGCAACACGUUUGGGAUAAACCUAGUUGCAUGCAGCCUCUGCGUAUAUUACGUCCUCCUCUUCAAGCUGAAUCCAAUACUAGUUGUCUAGCUUUUAUAACCGAGAUUCAAUAAUCGCAAAGCGAAACCUAACGAAACGCGACUUGAAGACCGUCCACGUGCUGGGAAAAGAUGCUUGAUUUGGCACUGCGCUUCAUACGAGAUGGUCCACGUCGAAGGCAACAUCGCGCUAUACUCCCGCACACAAUGUCUCUGGCAACCAAAAAGGACGAAGAGAGCGGCCUCAGCACCUAUUACAAUAACAAGACAACCGUUAUUCAAGAGGCCCGAGUCUUCAAUGAAUCUCCCAUAAGCCCACGGAAAUGUCGAGCACUUCUUACUCGGAUCGUAUACCUUCUCUAUGUCGGCGAGACUUUCAGCACGCAGGAGGCUACGACGCUGUUCUUUGGUACUACGAAGUUGUUCCAACACAAGGAUAGUGCCCUGCGGCAAAUGGUCUACCUCGCGAUCAAGGAACUUGCCACCACAGCGGAAGACGUUAUCAUGGUCACUAGCAGUAUCAUGAAGGAUAUGCAGCCCAACUCUGAGGUCAUCUACCGGCCCAACGCCAUCCGUGCAUUGUGCCGAAUCAUCGACCCUUCGAUGGCACAAGGUGUUGAACGUUUCUUUAAAGCUGCCAUUGUCGACAAGAACACUUCGAUUUCAUCUGCUGCUCUCGUCUCUGCGUAUCACUUGUUCCCAGCAGCAAAGGACGUUGUGAAACGAUGGGUGAACGAAGCGCAAGAAGCCGUACAGGGCAAAUCCUCAUCUUCGUUCUUCAACUCGUCUGGUGGCAGCUCAUAUCUUGGUUGGGGGAGCUCCUCGUCGAACACAACCUCUGGUUACCAGCCCAUCCCAUCGACUAGCUAUAUCACACAAUAUCAUGCACUGGGUCUGCUCUACCUCAUCCGACAACAAGACCGAAUGGCCGUCACGAAGAUGAUUCAGCAGCUGGGAGGUGGAAAGACUGGUGCAGGCACUGUCUUGAAAAACCCUCUCGCUUUAUGCAUGCUUAUUCGUUAUGCGGCGAAGAUCAUGGAGGAGGACCCAAACAUGCAGCGCCAAAUCUUGGAACUCAUCGAGGGCUGGCUCCGGCAUAAGAGUGACAUGGUGAACCUCGAAGCGGCACGCGUCAUUUGUGAAAUUAAAGGUGUUACCGCUGCCCAACUCACUAAACCUAUUGCUGUUCUACAACUGUUCCUCUCAUCGCCGAAGUCUUCUCUGCGCUUUGCCGCCACCCGCACCCUCGCGGCUCUCGCCCUGACACACCCUGCCAGCGUCGCUACCUGCAAUGUUGACUUGGAGAACCUUAUUUCGGAUCAGAACCGUAGUGUCGCGACUUACGCGAUCACUACGCUGCUCAAGACUGGCAAUGAGGCUUCCGUGGACCGACUCAUGAAACAAAUCUCUGGCUUCAUGAGUGAGAUCAGUGACGAGUUCAAGGUCAUCAUCGUCGACGCGAUUCGUUCUCUUUGCCUCAAGUUCCCGGCCAAACAUGCGUCGAUGUUGUCCUUCCUUUCUGGUGUCCUCCGUGAUGAAGGCGGUUACGAUUUCAAGCGCGCUAUUGUGGAAGCUAUCUUCGACAUGAUCAAGUUUAUUGGCGAUUGCAAAGAACAAGCUCUAUCACAUCUUUGCGAAUUCAUCGAGGAUUGCGAGUUCACCAAAUUGUCUGUUCGGAUUCUCCACUUGCUUGGCCUGGAGGGACCGAAAUCGCCGCAACCUACGAAGUAUAUCCGGUACAUCUACAACCGUGUGGUCCUCGAGAAUGCUACCGUCCGUGCAGCUGCGGUCUCGAGUCUAGCGAAGUUCGGGCUGAAUGCCGGAGAGGCGAAGUUGAGCAAGAGCGUCAACGUCUUAUUGAACCGUUGCUUGGAUGACGUCGAUGACGAGGUUCGUGACCGAGCAGCUAUGUACCUCAAACUGUAUGAGGAGCAACAGUUGGCAAUGACUUACGUCAAAGAAGAAUCCGUCUACUCCCUGUCUGCUUUGGAGUCGAAGCUUGUAUCAUACCUCAGUGACCCAGACGCUGGGGAGAAGCCCUUCGACGCCUCCUCAAUACCAAAGGUCAGCAGAGAGCAAGCCGCUAAGGAAGUCGCACGCCCGAGUACCUUGGAGACCAUCGGUGUGCCUAGCUCCUCGAAAGCGGCGACACCUCCACCACCUUCUGCGGCAGAGACACAGUCUCAAUACGCCCAGCAGCUUGCCGAGAUCCCCGAGUUUACUUCGUACGGACAGGUGCUUUACAGCAGUACGAAGGCCACACAGCUCACCGAGAGCGAGACGGAAUACCAAGUAUCGUGUGUCAAACAUCUCUUCGAGGAACAUAUUGUUUUCCAGUUCAACGUAUCAAAUACUAUCGCCGAUACUGUCUUGGAGAAUGUCGCCGUCAUCAUGGAACCACAAACCGACUCUGGUCUCUCGGACGACUUCACUAUGCCUAUAGCAAGCCUUGGGGCAAACUCGCCGGGAAUUGGCUAUGUGUCGUUCACUCGAGACGAGUCAACAGCAUACCAAACCGCUUCCUUCCAGUGUAUUCUCAAAUUCGUUAGUAAGGAAGUCGACCCUUCGACAGGAGAACCAGAAGAAGAGGGUUACGAAGACGAAUACUCGUUGGAAGACUUGGAACUUUCUGCGGCCGACUACAUCCUUCCUACAUAUGUCACGUUCUCGUCUGAAUGGGAUAGACUGAGGGGAGGUGUUACCGUCACAGAGACGUUCGCACUACCGGCUAUGGAAUCACUGAAAGCUGCGUGUGACUCCAUCAUUGAAAUCCUCAAUAUGCAAGCUCUUGGUGGGAGCGAAGAGCCUCAAUCAACAUCGAUACACACGCUGCAAUUGUCUGGAUUGGUCGCCGGUGGAGGUGGAAAAGCUCUCGUACGGUGUCGUAUGACAUAUUCCAAGGCACAAGGGGUGACACUAGAGUUGAGCGUGCGCACAGAGAAGCAAGAAGCCGCGAACCUGGUUAUUGCUGCUAUAGUAUAGGUGGUAGCUGUCGUAUACGGGUUACAGAACGGUCCAGGUGCGGCAAGAUUCCUUGUGGCGGAACACGGUGUUCCUCACAAUUUGCUGCACUUUGAUUGGCUUUUGGCGCACCAUAGUUCCUUUUUAUACUCCUACAUGUUAUUUUUCGUAUGUAUUUGGCUUUCGGAAUUUUUUUACACGAUGGGAAAGGCAUCCCGACGGAGCC